AUGUCAAUUCCUUUCCCGUUCGGUAUCGGUGCUAAAGAUUGCUAUCUAAACCCGUGGUAUGAGGUUGUCUGUAAGAACUCUGUUCCGUUUCUCUCAAGGAUCAACAGAGAAUUAGUAAACUUGUCUCUUCCAGAUGCUACUGAGAACUACUCUAACGGAGUUGUUCACAUCAAAGGUCCCGUGACUUCCUCCGGUUGUUCUACCGAAGCAUCCCAGCCGCUUACAUCGCCGCCUUUAAACGUUGCCGGCCAUGGCAGCCCCUAUUUUCUCACUGACAAGAACCUCCUCAUGGCUGUUGGUUGCAACGUUAAGGCCGUUAUGACGGAUGUCAAAUCGCAGAUCAUCGGUUGCGAGUCAAGCUGUAACAAGGGAAAUAGUAGCAGCAGCCAAAGAACAAGAAACGAAGCCUGCAAUGGUAAUAAAUGUUGUCAGACGAGGAUACCUGAAGGGGAGCUACAAAGCCAGAAAAGUUUCAUGGUGACGGAUACGCUGUGGUCGAGCUUGGAUGGUACUUUGAUUCUUCGGAUCCUCGUGUUUUAA